CUAUUUCCUCCCGCCCCUGCCAGGAACCAUCGUUCCCCAAUUUUCUCAGAGGAGACCGAGCGAAUCAGAAGACGGAGGAGGAGAAAAAAAAUGGAGAAAGGCGUGGUGCGGUACGGGAUAGUAGGGGUAGGGAUGAUGGGGCGGGAGCAUAUGGUCAACCUCGCCCACCUCCGCACCGAUGGCGCCGUCGUGACCUGCGUCGCCGACCCCCACCCUCCAUCCCUCGACCUCGCCGUCGAACUCGCUCGCUCCCUCGACUCUCCACUUCUCGCGGUAUUUUCAGAUCAUCAUCAGUUAUUAGAUAGCAGGCUUUGUGAUGUUGUGGUUGUGUCAUCUCCAAACAUGACACACUUUGAAAUUCUUAUGGACAUUAUAAACCAUCAGAAACCACAUCAUGUUCUGGUGGAAAAGCCUUUAUGCACUUCUGUUGAGGACUGCAAAAAGGUUGUGAAUGCAGCUAACCAACGGCCAGAUAUUGUAGUGCAAGUUGGACUAGAAUACAGAUAUAUACCUUCUGUUGCUAAACUAAUUGGCAUAGUUAAGAGUGGAAUGCUUGGGCAAGUCAAAAUGGUUGCAAUCCGAGAACAUCGAUUUCCCUUUCUGGUCAAGGUCAAUAAUUGGAAUCGCUUCAAUGUAAAUACUGGGGGAACACUGGUGGAGAAGUGCUGCCACUUCUUCGAUUUGAUGAGGCUUUUUGCAGCUGCCAAUCCUGUCCGUGUGAUGGCUUCUGGAUCUAUUGAUGUUAACCACAAGGAUGAGAUUUAUGAUGGAAAGGUGCCAGACAUCAUUGAUAAUGCGUUCGUGAUAGUGGAGUUUGAUAAUGGUUCUCGUGGAAUGCUUGACUUAUGCAUGUUUGCUGAAGGCAGCAAGAAUGAGCAAGAAAUAUCUGUUGUAGGUGACAUUGGAAAGGGUGAGGCAUUUGUUCCUGAGAGUAUUAUUCGUGUUGGCCUUAGAGCUGAAGGGAGGACAGGGGUAAAGACUGAAAAAGCUGAGGAUGAACGAAUUAAGUAUGAUGGACUUCAUCAUGGAUCAAGCUACUUGGAACACAUGCAUUUGUUAUCAAUGCUUAAAGGAGAACGUCUUGGUGCUCCUGCCGUCAGGUUAACAGAUGGUUUGCUAUCUGUAGCCAUUGGCGUUGCUGCUCAACUUUCUAUCGAGAAGGGACGUUUCAUUGCUAUUCAAGAAGUACUUCAAGAAUAGAAAUUGUUGUUCUUCUACAAGGUGUUUUUCUGCUUGAAAUGUAGAGUUUCACCCGUGCUUUUUGUUUUUUGCUUUUUGCUAUUGCCUUAUCUAAUACCGAAUUCCAUAAACAAUCAUGCAAUUUUAUUUAGAAACUGGACAGGCCUAUUUUUACCUUCGUAUGGGUUUAAACUGAAUCACUUCAACUUUGUAUUAUGUUAAACAUGUGUGUGUUAAUGGUGAAAUUACAUAUGUGGUUGUCAAGUU